AUGCUGGCUUCGGACAAUCUCUACGUAUUUGACUUGGCCCCUAAAGUAAUUGCAGAGCUCGAAUUGCUCAAGUUCGACAGUUUGACGUCGAUAGCAUCGCUGGCGACAGAGAUCAGGCCUGUUUCUUCCGUGGGUGCAAAUCCAAGUUCAACCUCGAAGAACCAGCGCGAAUGUACCUCGUGCAAAACAGAAUUUGGUGCCAAUGCCACAAGAGAGGAUGUUGCUUCUCACUAUAAAUCAGAUUUCCAUAGAUUAAACCUCAAACGGGGUGUCAAUGGCCUAGAAGCCCUCACAGAAACGCAAUUCGAAGAACUUGUAGAAACACAAUCGUUGGAGAGUAUUUCUGGCUCCGAAGAGUCCGGUUCGGAGGGCGAAUCUGGCGAAGAUAGACUUCCUACUGUAUUAGAAAAGCUUAGUGUUGGUGAUGUGCUGGCGGCGGUUGAAGACGACGAAGAGAGUCUGGUCAGCCAUAUGAACACCAAACUGCCGUUUUUGUUGCUCAAAUCUCCACUUCUAUCGCAGGGAAAGGCAUAUGGUGCGUACAAAGCCUUGUUCGAUUCAGCUCUGUUGGAAGAUGGAGCCAUCAUAGAAGCUUUGAAGCUGAUGAACAGUGAAGCUUCCAGAACUGGUCUUUCGGUGCUAUUGAUGAUUGGAGGUGGCCACUUUGCAGGCGCAGUGGUCUCACAUCAGCUCACGAAAAGCAAGGGUAACCCAAAGAACCAUAAGGAGUCCAUGGAUGCGCAAAGAGUGGUGGUGUUGGAACUGAAGACAUUCCACAGAUACACCACCAGAAGGAAACAGGGUGGGUCGCAAAGUGCAUCUGAUAAUGCCCGUGGAAAGGCAAAUUCCGCUGGUUCAAGUAUAAGAAGGUAUAAUGAAGAAGCAUUGAAGAAAGAGGUGCAUGAGCUUCUCACUCUGUGGAAGGAUUACAUCGCUAAAGCUGAACAUAUAUUUAUAAGAGCGACCGGCGCAGCCAGUAAAAAGAUUUUGGUGGGCUACGAAGGUGCAGAGAUCAAAUCUAGCGAUAAGAGGGUCAAGUCAUUCCCGUUCACUACGAAGAGAGCCACGUUGACAGAGGUCAAGAGUGCAUGGGCCAAACUCACAUACAUGGUUCCAGUUGAGCUUCCGAAAACCCAACGUAAGAAUUUUGAUAAGAAGAGCUCAUCCAGCACGCCGGUGGUGGAGAGAACACCAGAGCCUGUCGCAGUGGCAGCUUCGGAUGUUCACACAAAGGAGAUAGUUGGACUUCUCCGAAAGUCCAAGGCGCCCUUCCUAAUAAACUAUCUUCGGAAAAAUGGACUUGACGCUAAUUUCCGCUUCACUCCAUCAGAGCAAUAUGGGCAUACUCCAACUUUGUUGCAUUUUGCAGCCUCGCAGAGUCUUCCACACAUGGUGAAAGUGCUCUUGGUGAAUUUGAAGGCCGAUCCAUCUGCAAAGAAUAAUAGCGGCAAGACUGCAGCUCAAUUGGCUAAUAAUGACGAACAAACGAAAAAUACUUUUCAAAUCUGCCGCUCCACGUUGGGCGAACUGUUUUGCGAUUGGGACUCAUGCAAUGUUGGACCACCAAAAACAGUCGAGGAGGUUACCAGAGAAGCCGAGGAGGCCAAACAACGUGCACUGAAAGAAACGGCGCGCGUGAUUGAGGAAGAAUUAGCCAAGAAGACCGAGACCGAAGCUCAGGUAGUGGAGCCAAAGGUGAGCACCGGUGGACGUCUCGGAGGAACAAUUCUCAGCAGCGUCUCCGAUAUGAGUGGCAUGACAGAGCAGCAGAAGAUGCGCUUCAUGCGCGAGCAGCGCGCGAGAGCGGCCAUGGCACGGAUGAGUGCCAACAAGGGGUAG